AUGUCCUCCCUCACUCCUCACGGCGACCUCGCCGCCGCCGAACUCGCCUUCUUCACCCCAUCCUUCCUCCUCGCCCUCUCCAUCUGCCACCGGCACUCCUUCCGCCAAUGCCGCACCGCAGGCUGGUUCUACCUCCUCCUCCUCCCCACCCUCCGCCUGAUCGGCGCCUCCUGCACCCUCUACGCCGAAACCCAACACCCCUCCUCCGGCGUCCUCAUCACCGCAGCCAUCACCUCCGCAAUCGGCACAGCACCCCUCUUCCUCGUCCUGCUCGGCUUCCUCAAACGGCUCAACACCCUCUUAACCGCUCACAACCUCCCCACCCGCAUCUUCACCCCAAUCCACAUCCUCUCCCUCGCCGCCCUCCUCCUCGCCAUCGUAGGCAUAAACCUCCUCUACCACACCUCCUCCACCUCCUCCACGCACACCACCGGCCGCGCUCUCUUCGAGACGUCCACCCUCCUCUUUCUAGUCAUAUACCUAGCCCUAGCGCUCAUACUCGCACACCACACCUACCGCCUUCCCCACGUGCCACAAUCCGAGCGCAUCCUCGUCUUCGCGGGUCUGGCCGUGUUACCCUUCAUGUUCGUCCGCAUCGUCUACGUCGUGUGCGUCGGAUUCGCGAGUCCCGGGUCGGUAUUCGAUGACGCGGAUCCGGAGAUUUGGGUUCAGGCGUUUAUGCAGUUUGCGAUGGAGGCGGUGUGUGUGGGGGUGUAUAUUUGGACGGGAGUGGCGUCGCCGAGGCAGGAGGCGGUUGACAAGGAGGGGAAGCGGGAGAGGGAGGGUGGGAAGGGGAUGGAGGAGUUGGGAAGUAUGGAGACGGGAAGGGUGUAUGAGUCGAAGGGGAAGCAUAGUAUGGGCAGAGGUACUGGGAGAUUGAGAGGUUGA